GAUUACAAGAAAAUCAUGACAUGUGGUGGUGAAUAAAAAAAUUACUUAAAGAGAUAAGGUUAGUAACGAAACCAGGUCAUGCAAUUCAUGCUAAUUGGGUAAAUAUAUUUUUUCCCUUUUUUACCAUUAAUUGUCAAUUAAUACACAUGAAACAAAAUUCAUUUUUUCCUCUCCCACAUGACCGUCCAUUUUUAGACCACAUAACUCUUAAAAUUACAGAAUUACCACCCACAUUUUGUAGUACUAUAAAUAGGUGCAAACACUUGCUCUUUCACUCAUCAUCCUUAGUCUUCACUCACUUCCAAUCUUCAAAAUGGGAGCUCGAAUGAUUUUCAGAAACUAUCCUUCUUACAAUGAGUCCGACGUCGAGCCAUUCGAUUUCAGUAUCAGCAAAGAAUUGCUUCUACACCGAAGCGAUGUCCUAGUGGGAGAGAUGAUUGGAGAAGGAGCCUACUCCAUCGUCUACAAAGGAUUGCUAAGAAACCGAUUUCCCGUGGCGGUGAAGAUAAUGGAGCCGAGUAAUUCUUCUGUAAACAAAGCGCGCGAAAAAAUGUUUCAAAAGGAAGUUCUAUUACUAUCCAAGAUGAAACAUGACAACAUCGUGAAGUUUGUUGGAGCUUGCAUAGAGCCAGAAUUGAUGAUAGUGACCGAACUCGUUGAAGGCGGCAAUCUUCAGAGGUUCAUGACAAACUCUCGUCGGGAUCCUCUUGAUCUAAACAUGGCACUAAGCUUUGCUUUGGAUAUUUCUCGAGCCAUGGAGUUUGUGCACUCAAAUGGCAUCAUUCACCGUGAUUUAAAUCCAAGGAAUUUGUUGGUGACCGGUGAUCUGAAACAUGUAAAACUGGCUGACUUUGGAAUUGCAAGAGAGGAGACUAGAGGUGGCAUGACCUCCGAGGUUGGGACGUAUAGGUGGAUGGCUCCUGAGGUAUGUAGCCGUGAGCCGCUGAGAGUUGGGGAGAAGAAGGAAUAUGACCAUAAGGCGGACGUAUACAGCUUUGCCAUAGUAUUAUGGGAGCUGGUUACAAACAAAGAACCAUUCGCUAGCGUGAUUAGUAGCCUCGUUGUUCCCUAUCUUGUUAGCAAGGGUCGGAGGCCAAGUCUGGAGAAUAUUCCGGAUGAGAUUGUGCCUAUCAUUGGAUCUUGUUGGGCACAAGACCCGGAUGCGCGUCCGGAGUUUAAAGAGAUUUCGGUUUUACUGACAAACUUGCUAAGAAGUCUGAGCUCAAACAGUAGUAUUGACACAACACUACCGGAUGAGGAGCCUUAUGACGAUGAGAUGGAGGAUUCGGAGACCCGUCCUCUGCUUCAAGAGUACCGUUGCAAGGUGAAGAAACCUAAGGAGAAGAAGAAGAAGAAGAAAGUGAUGAAGAUGAGACUUCCUUUCUCUAAGAAGUUCAAGGCUUGGUUGUACAAGCCAUGAUCAUUUUUUUGUGUUUUCCAUAAAAAAAAAAGGGAAAAGUUGGUGGAUUGAAGGAAAGGACAAGACUGAAGAUUCUGUUAGUGAAUUUGUUCUUUUUUUCUUCUUUGUGUUAUAAUUAUUGUUAUUUCUUUUCUUUUGUUGUUGUUGUUGUAAGGAAAUUUUUCCUAAAGCAAUGAAUUCCCGUUCUUCUUUUCAUGGACAUUUCAACUAUUUAUUUUUACAGAAAAUAUAUCCUUGUGGCAACUAUAUAUGUACUGACGAAAUCUCAAGUUCGUUUUGGUAAAUGUAACAUUUUUUAUUAGAAAUGAUAAUCAUAGUAAAUAACAAUAGAUUGUUGAGGGUAGCUAGUGCAUUUGUCUACAAAUGAUUGACUAAUUCAUUUCUCCCUCCUUCUCUCUUGCUAAGAUUUUAUUUAUAUUGAUAAAGUUAAAUGCGUUUAUGUAAUAAUCUGUAGCUUUGAUGUGUCUACAAUAUUAGAUGGAUAAUAAAUAUUGAGUAUAUAUUAGAUGCCGGGACCGGAUUUAGGUUGAGUUUUUGGUUUUAGAAUAUGUUAGAUAUAAUACAGAAUGCGGUUUUAUUUGUUACUUUUAGUUAUGAAGAA